AUGCGGCCGCUGGCCACCCUGACCCCGGCAUCGCAAGACCCUCACUUUCACAUCGUCAUCUGCCAUCGAAUCCUCGAGAUGAGUCAACUGAUCAAGGAGGAUUCCGUGGCUUCUUUCGAAGACGCAGCGAUAGCCUGCCGCCAUCAGAUCCAGCCAGAUCUCCUAGAAACCAUUGAUGGCGGUCGCCAUGACCCUCGCCAGAGCUCCGAGCCGCUGCCUGGAGGUGAUGCUGAGCCAAAGCAACCGGGGAAUAUCCAAGACCUGCUUGAAUACAGACUGGAUAUGGCGGGCACGCCGAAGAAUACUCUGGCGAAUGCCAAAGCCAGUCUGCCAAAUGGAACCCUAACAAAGAAGGAUAUCAAGGCAAUACUAUCAGGAGCGCCCCAUUUCCUGCUCGAACGAGGCAAACAUGGGCACUGGUAUCCGCAAGUGAUCUUCCCCUGGGACGAGCAUAAUCCAUCCAUCCAGCGCAUGGGAGAUCGCAAACCAUUGCCCCAUGCAUCAUUUACCCUGAGCACCCUUCACGCGCACUUACCGGUCCCCGAUGAUUGGGCCGUCAAGGGCGGGGUGCCCAUUCGAUUGCACGACUGGACUCGAACAGGUGCAUGCAAUAGGGCAACCUUUGAUAUCGGAGUGUUCGAGGUGCCAAACAUGCUUUCCAACAAUGGCAGGGAGCCGGGGACGAUCGGGUUUCGGCAUUUCUUGGAACUGUCGGUUGCGGAUGCUGUUCGAUAUGUCGGCCCCGAAGAGCCCAGACAACCCCCAAACUUCCGACGAGUCUCGACUCUCCCUGCCUCUGAAGCAUUCGAAUUGAUGGAGAGCUUCAACAAGCCCUACACUCAGUGUCAGAGUGGAGCGGUGCACGACCGACAUCGGCUCAUCUGUCAAGGUCCUUCGGGCUGGAAGCGCAUUGGAGUGCGAGAUAUCAAUCUUCGCACCCUGGUCAAACGGCUAGACCAUCUGCGAGAAUUCCGACAUGACAUGCUCCGCGACGGCUCGACGAAAACAAUUCUGGAUAUCGAGAGCCCACAUGAGCUGCACUGCAUUUUGCACACGAACUUUCUUCACCCUCGUCCGCCGCCUUCCGAGGUGAUGCCGGGCCACCCCCAAAGCCUCAAAUCGCAGAUCAAAACGUUGGCGAUAGUGUUGGCCACACCAGGGGCAUGGAUUGAUUUCAGUCUGCCAGAGUGGCGUUUUCGGGCUGGCCAAGCCCUGUGGGAGACGCCGCCGCAUGAGGACGGAGACUGUCUCGAACCCAGUUCGUGCGGUGAAGGGGCACCGCGAGAGUCGUCAGCGAAGGCGGGUCUAGAGCGCAAAUGGUUUUUGAUCCAAAUGCUGCUGGCGGCGGAGCUCCUGCUUCGUUUAGACGCGUUUGUCCGCGUAGAUAUGCUGCAUGAUUUGCAUGGCGGCCAAAUCACGAUGCAGGGGCUCCGUCAUUUUGACAAGCUGCGAACAGGAAAAGUGAACUGGGAUCUGGUCGUUGUGCGUCGCUUCUUCGACAGUCUCGACAUCACCUGUGCCUCGCCGCAGAAUUCAAACGGCGUUCCACAGCAGCCUUCCACCAAUCAAUUGCCCGAGAAGCCUCGCCGGUUUUCCUUGUUGGAUGCUAUCACCCGCCGCGGCUCGUCAGCUCCAGUUGUCGACCUGCGAUCCGCCUGGGAAUGUCAAUUGAGCUCCUCGCACGUUCGACAGCAACUGGAGGGGCUGUACGUCUUCGCAGAGAACAUUGGAUGGCCCAGACUCGAUACUCUCAAGGCUACCUUGGAACAAAAGCUGGGCAGUAGCCACAACCCUGUCCUCCCGGACUUGGAGUUUGACGGCCGAGCGAGCUUAGAAACCCCCCCAGACUUGGUUGCGAUGCAAGUAGCAAAGGCCGAAAUGUACACCCGGAGCUCGUCUAGGCGACGAGUACGACUCCACAGCUCUUGUGCUGAUGACGGUGACCCGCACAGACAGACAACACUUGGCUGGAUUUCUCGCAGUUGGCUUUCCGGGUUUGUGAUCCCGGGGGAGGGCAUUAGCCAUCUUCUCAUGGCGACCCUUCUAGAGAACGACGCAGAUGCAUUGGAGCGGCUAGGAACGAUGGCCAGUCUUUAUGGCGGGUUUGUGUACAGAGGCCAGAGCUGGUGGAGCAAAGCAUGCAUUGUUGGUCGUGUUUUGUCCAGCUCUGAAGGAGCUAAAACAUGUAUGGGAUGGAUUGGGAGCAAGCUGCUUCCUCACGAUACGACUACGUUGAAGAGCUUUGAGGGUGGAUGGUUCGAGGUCGUCACCCGCGAGGUGGUGACGAGCUCGAGCAAACCUCGAAUCAGACAGGGAGGCAAGCUUGCCAUGGAGUCAUCCCCAUUGGGAGUGGGUGACAUCGCCGCGAAGGAAUUUACGCUUCCCACAGAUCAAGCUGCCCCAGACAAAUUCACGGUAACCCUGGAGGCGCUGUCCCUGGCCGUGGAUGGGAGCCGACCACCCCACGGCCAAGGUAUCACAGUCACCAGUGAGGUGUCAGUCUCACUCUCCCUUAAGGGCACAGAUCCCAUGGAAUCCCCGCGAAUGAUUUCAAUGCCCCUCAGGUAUAACGUGCGGUUCAUUUCUGCUCAACAGUGUCGGCCUCCGCUGGGGUUUGCGUCCAGCUCCUUUCGUCAGGAAGACGACCCCACACAAGCGACUCCAGACUCAUCCAAAUAUACACGUCUCCCAGGUCACCCAUUACACCGGUCUUAUGAAUAUCGACACGUCCCACUGGCCUCCCUUCCGGAUACCCCAGCGCCGCAAUCAAAGUCGGCUUCUCGGGACGAGUUCGAGAGAGCCCAGGAGGUUUAUAUCGUCGACGCGCGAGGAGGACAAGCCAAGGAAACAUUUGCUCGAGCAUGGUGUGCUUCGGUCGGGUGUCAUGCCAUUAUUAGUCGAUCCGGACGGACGUGUGUUGCGUGUUGUAUCAGGGAAGCGAGGGCCAUCGAUGUUCCGGUGGUGGUCCGCGUGAGCGACUAA